GCACCCGCACUUCAGCCUGAUGCCUGUAUCCAGCCUGAUGCCUGUACCCAGCCUGAUGAACUGAUCCAGCUUGAUGAUCCUAUCACGCCUGAUGACCCCUGCCCGCUGUGAUGCCUGCCAAAUGACCUGAUGCCUGGUGACACGAUGCCCGCUGUCGAGCCAGACGAUCCAAUGUCUGACCCAGUGCCCGUGGUCAUGCCAGUUGACUCGGAACCCACUGUCGUGCCUGCUGACUCGGUGCCCACUGGCGAGCCAAAUGAUCUGAUGCCUGGUGACCCGAUGCCCGUUGUCGUGCCUGAUGACCCGGUGGCCGCCGCUCCGCCUGGGGGCCCGGCGCCUGCUGCUCCGCCUGAGGGCCCGGCGCCCGCCGCUCCGCCUGGGGGCCCGACGCCCGUUGCCCCGCCUCGGGGCCCGACGCCCGUCGCCCCGCCUGGGGGCCCGGCGAUCCGCCUGGGGGCCCGGCACCCGUUGCUCCGCCUGGGGGCCCGGCCCCCGUUGCUCCGCCUGGGGGCCCGUCGCCCGCAGCUCCACCUGGGGGCCCAGCGCCCCGCCUGGGGGCCCGGUGCCUGUCGC